AGUUUCGUUUUUUCAUCCACCAAUCGAGCGAAUGUUUCGUCUUGCAAAGAAUACGCAUUGGUUAAGAUUUCGCACAACAAGUUUACUGUUUUUUCCGAUUGGAGACAAGUUUUACACAAGGUCACACAACUCAUGUCAGCCAGUCAGCCGGCGCCGCCAACGUCAUUCAUAUUAGAUUGAAUGAGACACUAGGUACUGACUACACCAUCAAUUAGCACAAAAACAAUUGCUACAAGCGACUGCUUUGUAUUUAUUUGAAUAGCAAGUGUUUAUUAUCGUAAGUUAUCAAGCAAGUUAGGAGCACAUUGCAGGCUGCGACAGGAGAGCUGCUUGCGGAGCGCGACUCGCGAGGCGCUGCGGUGUUUUAAAGGGUAUUUGAAGUGAGGCAGGAGCCAUGCGCCUCAUCAUCCUGGAGGACGCGUCGGUGGUGGCGGACUGGGCGGCGCGCUUCGUGCUGCAGCGCAUCACGGAGUUCGCGCCCGGGCCCGGCCGCCGCUUCGUGCUGGGCUUGCCCACCGGUGGGACGCCGCUGGGCAUGUACCGCAAGCUCAUCCAGUUCCACAAGGAGGGCCGCCUCUCCUUCAAACACGUCACCACCUUCAACAUGGACGAGUAUGUCGGUCUGCCGCGCGAGCACCCGGAGUCGUACCACUACUACAUGUGGAACGAGUUCUUCAAGCACAUCGACAUCGAGCCGUCGCAGGCGCACGUGCUGGACGGCAACGCGCCCGACCUGGCCGCCGAGUGCCAGCGCUUCGAGGACCUCAUCGCGGCGGCCGGCGGCGUGCACCUGUUCGUGGGCGGCAUCGGGCCGGACGGCCACAUCGCGUUCAACGAGCCGGGCUCGUCGCUGGUGUCGCGCACGCGCGUCAAGACGCUGGCCUACGACACGCUGGAGGCCAACAAGCGCUUCUUCGGCAACGACAUCGCCAAGGUGCCGCGCCAGGCGCUCACCGUGGGCGUGGGCACGGUGAUGGACGCGCGCGAGGUCAUGAUCCUCAUCACGGGCGCGCACAAGGCGCUGGCGCUGGCCAAGGCGGUGGAGGAGGGCGUCAACCACAUGUGGACCGUCUCCGCCUUCCAGCAGCACGCGCAGACGCUGUUCGUGUGCGACGAGGACGCCACGCAGGAGCUGCGCGUCAAGACCGUCAAGUACUUCAAGGCGCUGAGCGACGAGCACCAGAAGAUGAUCGCGGGCGUGCCCGUGCAGCAGCAGCAGCUCCUGCACUGACGCGUCGUGCCGCCUCGCUCCCCCGCCGAGCCUGAUGGGCGAGCACAACAAGAUGAUAGCCGGCACCAGAGACACGGACAUUCCGCCCCACAGCCCCCGCAGCAUGGCCGAAUAGUAUAACUAUUCUGAUGCCUGUUGCUUUAUAUUAUAUAUAAAUAAGUUGUAAUUAAAAAAACUACUGCCCUACCAAAAGAGUAAAAUUUAUCACAUUUGAAAAUGACGCCAUACUAAAUUUUUGCCAAUAAAUAUCAUAGCCAGUGCCAUUGGGGAUGAUGUAAGGAUUUCAAUGAUACCCCAUACGUCUGUAUCUGUUUAGGCGUUUAGAAGUUAUAGCGAAAGAAACUCGCUAAAAUUCUUACAUGAACCCUGAAACGCAGUUGUUUGGGCAGCGCUGUAUGUGGAGUAACACAUCUUAUUUACAGUCCUACCUAUAUAAAUGAUAAUGUAAUGUAAUUACUUAUAAGUUUAUUUUUACUUUUAUAGAACUAUUUAACCACAAUUUGUAAAGUUAUAUUUUAUAAAAAAAUUGAAUUUAAGAAAU